UUGAAAUAAACUCUGUACCUCAAACUUAUUAUAAUUUCUUAAUUAUUGCAAUGGCUAGCAUACAAGGGUAAUAUACCAAAUUAGUCACUUGCUUCGUUACGUGGCAAAUACAUUAAAGUGACGUCUACUUUAUACUCUUGGUCCUUUGAGCCGGAGCCAGAGGCAGGGAUGGGGGGGCGUGGCGUAGGGCAUAGGGGGCGGGCGCAGUGCAGGCGGGCACCGAGGGCCCCCAGCUGACGGGGCUGUGUGUUAGCUAGCAGGCACUCAUGCGUGACGGGGUGAGUAAACGUGGCGGGGUGGCAGGCGAGGGCGCCGGCGCGGCCGCGCGCGCGCCGGUCAAGACCUUCCAGGCCUACCUGCCGCCGGCGCACCGCACCUACAGCUGCAUACACUGCCGCGCGCACCUGGCCAGCCACGACGAGCUCAUCUCGAAGUCGUUCCAGGGCAGCCAGGGGCGCGCGUAUCUUUUCAAUUCAGUUGUGAACGUGGGGUGCGGUCCGGCGGAGGAGCGCGUGUUGCUGACGGGGCUGCACGCAGUCGCCGACAUCUACUGCGAGUGUUGCAAGACCAUGCUCGGAUGGAAAUAUGAGCAUGCAUUUGAGUCGAGUCAGAAAUACAAGGAGGGCAAGUUCAUAAUAGAACUGGCGCACAUGGUGAAGGAGAACGGCUGGGACUAGCCGCCGCGCCGCAGCCCGCCGCCCGCAGCCCGCACCCCGCAGCGCCGCGCGCGCCCUCGUGAACGAUAUA